CAAGUUUAGUCUGAAUGUGGCCAUUCGACGUGAUGACGUUGUACGCAACCGCUCCCUGUUUUGAUGCCUGGGAAGCCCCUAGUACGGAGCCGACAACGCCCGGUAUUGAAACCCAAACAUAAAACACGUUCCAGAUCCAGAUUGAAUGAGUUGUGAAGACUUGAAAACUCAGCUAUGCAGACCAUCAAGUGUGUUGUCGUCGGUGACGGUGCGGUGGGUAAAACCUGCCUGCUCAUCUCUUACACCACCAACAAGUUUCCCUCUGAAUAUGUUCCAACGGUCUUUGAUAACUAUGCUGUAACUGUAAUGAUCGGCGGUGAACCCUACACCCUGGGCUUGUUUGACACAGCAGGUCAGGAAGACUAUGACCGGUUACGUCCUCUGAGUUAUCCGCAGACAGAUGUCUUCCUGGUCUGUUUUUCUGUCGUGUCGCCGUCCUCCUUUGAAAACGUCAAAGAAAAAUGGGUUCCAGAGAUCACCCAUCACUGUCCAAAGACGCCCUUCCUGCUAGUCGGGACUCAGAUUGACCUGCGGGACGACCCCUCCACCAUAGAGAAGCUGGCCAAAAACAAGCAGAAGCCCAUAACCCCAGAGACGGCCGAGAAGCUGGCCAGAGACCUGAAGGCUGUGAAAUACGUGGAGUGCUCCGCCCUCACUCAGCGGGGGCUGAAGAACGUUUUUGACGAGGCGAUCCUCGCCGCCCUCGAGCCGCCCGAGACUCAGAGACAAAGGAAAUGCUGUGUAUUUUGAUCUUUGUCUGCUGCUGCAUCAUCUCCCUCCUCUUCUCUGCAUUCAUUAACCCCUUCCUGUUUCAUUCCUUCAUCCCGAUUUUAAGUAUUCAUGGCGUUCUCACUUUGUCAAUCUUCGCUGGCUUGUCCUCUGAAGUCGCACCUCGACUAUUCUCUGAGUUUGAGUCGCCUCCUUUGGUUGCUGGGAGCAAAUCAGCAUUUUCUGGGGCUUCAUUUGUUUAUUUAUUUUAACAGAAAUCAAAGUAAAAGGAAAUAGGAGUGUUGCCAUGGUGACAUACAGCUCCCCUCUGGUCAUACAGAUGAACUCUGCUCGAAAACUGCCCUUCUCUGAGGUUUUCAGCUGUGAAUCAAAUUCAAUCUUCUCCUAAAACGUUUUGGAAAUGUAAUGAGUUUUAUUUAGAACAGAACUAAAAACACAAAAAUAUGCUAAAUUACAGUUAGAGAAGCAGUUUAGUGGAAGACUCGGGGAUCAAAGAUACCUUCUUUAACAAAACAAAUGAGCAGGUCAUGAAACAAGCUUGUGGGCACGGAAUGGGAUUUUGGGGGGAAACUAUAACAAUAAACUUAAGCUGCAGCUUUCUUAGCAAAAUGUGACCAAUCGCAAAAUCACUAACAAAAACUCUUCAUGUUUACUGUUUAGGUAUUUACAAAAAGAGUGCUGAUCAUCAGGAAUACGCUGUUCCAUUUUUACUUAGUUCACUCAUAUAAAAGUAAAAUUCCUUUCAAUUUCAAAUAAAAAUAUGUACGAUCCUCUCAAGAAUUUGAAAGGAAAUCCUUCAUGUAACCAAGUUUGCAAACCUGCAGUUAGUUUUUGUCACUUUCUUGUCAAUAAAGAGAAGUCUAGCUUUCCAGUAUUGGCCAAUUAGAUUGCAGUUUAACAGUUAUCAAUGUGUUUUAGGGUUGGUGCUACAACGACAAAGGCUUCAUAAAUGUCAAACUUUGUCACGGUGGGUUUACGGUUUGAGGCGGGAGGCUGCAAAGUCACUGCUGUACUCUAGAUGGGUUAGGGUCAGAGGUCAGAUCCAGUUUUUCAUGGGUCUGUGGAUCAGAUGUGGAUCAGACUCAUGUUCAAAGUGUCGACUGUAGAUGAGACCUGGGCCGAGUGAGUAUGACGUCACCCAAAUCAGUAAGCAGUGAUUGAUCCAAGUGGGUCUGGGUCAACAUCUCUGUGGCAACCCCUCUCACCAAUCAGGAGUCAGCUUGUUUGAAGUCCACACCCCUUCCACUGGAAGAAUCUGUCAAAUGUUUGAAAGUUGGGCAGGCGGGCGCCUCCUACUUAUAUUGCAGCAUUGGAUUGGUCAGUUUAUAACUUGAAUAACUUAGUUAGGAAAAAAUAUCAUGAAAAACAGUUAGGAUUAGCAAGAACGAAAAGACAAAGGUAGCAGAGCAAGAACGAUUAGUCUGACAUGACUGAGUCGUAGCUGUUUAUUUCUUUAUAGAAGUCGAUGGGAUUUUGGCUUCUUGGAACCAGCGGGUACUUCCUGUUUGGAAUGGGAGGAGGGAGGGGUCACUCAGUCCAGUUUUCAUAUACAGUCAAUAGAUCAGAGUUUUGGAGGAAAGUAGUAUUUUUAGCUAUAAUUACCACGUGUGGCCCCACCCACUUUCCCAUGUUGCAUUUUAUUUAGUUCUUUUUUUUGCCUUCUUGUAGAAAAGGGCUUAAACAUUCAAACUAAUUUGAUUUCUAAAGACUUUUUUAACUUAAUGUCAUGAAUACAAUUGUAUUUUUUCCGUGAGUACUAAUCUGUUUGGAGCUCUUAUGGAUUUACUUUUAUUCUGAAAGGCAGAGUCUUCAGUAAUCAAAAUGUAUUGAAAGAGUUACUAAGUGUAAUGUUUUAGAUCUAUUGACAGUGAGCUUUUAUUCAGACUUCCUCUGUGUGACAGUGGAGCCACAGCUGUGUGUGUGUGUGUGUGUGUGUGUGCGCGUGCGUGCGUGUGCAGAUAAUAAUCAUAUUGUCUUUAAGUGGUUGUUAAUAAAGUUGAUAUGAACUGGC